AUGCGUGGUACAAUCAUACUCUCUUUGGCUCUCAGCCUACUAGCAAUCCAUGCGCCAAACCUAACCACUGGAUCCUGCUUGAAAGUUCGCGACAAUAAGCCCAGCGUGCAACAAGAGGGUCAGCCAAUCCCCCACAUGCGUCGAAACCUUUGCAAAUGGCUGCACAAGGGCGACAAAAAGGAACACAGUAAGAAGGAGAAGGAUCCCAAAGACUCCUACUACAAAAAAUCCGAUCCCAAAGAUGAUUCUUCGUACGGCAAGGAUGACGAAGGCGGGGACGCUGGAAAGGAUGGCGACGACGAAGGCCCUGGCAAGGGCGAGGAUCCCGGAAAGGGGGAGGACGAUGACCCUUGGGGAAAGGAAGGUAACGGCGGCGCCGACGGCGAGGCUGGAAAGGGCAGCGGUGGAGCAAGCAACUCUGGUUCCGGCAGUUCCUCCGGCAGCGGUGGAGCUAGCGACCCGAGUUCCGGCAGUUACUCCGGCAGCGGUGGAGCCAGUGACCCCGGUUCCGGAAGUUCCUCCGGCAGCGGCGGAUACGGCGGCGAUGGAUACGGGAAGUAG